AUGUCCGAGUGGCGUCUUCGCGACGGCGCAAACCCCGAUCCAGGGGGCGAACGGAUGGACGUUGACUUUCACGUCGACCCGGAUCUGCCCGAGUUCAGAAGCUAUGGCGCCCUGACGUACCAGCACGUCGAAUACCUGCAGGUGGCAACGUCCGAUGGUCGCAUUAUUCCAUUGCCCAAGGAUGAGCUCGCCGAGUGCUCGAUGUUUUUUCGGACGGUGCUGCAGGGCGACUGGGCCGAGAAAGAAGAGCAGAUCGUCACUCUAACAACCGUGACGGCGGAGGCCCUGUCGAACUGCAUCCAACUCUGCGAGCAGAUGCACGCCGGCGACGCGCAGCUUGACGAUAUGUCCUUGCGGACGUCUUGUAAGCUGCUCGAGACGGCCACCUACUUGAGCAUGGACGAGCUGGUGGAGCGGCUUUCCGAGCUGAUCAUCCGUCAAGUCAGCACCGAGUCCAUCAUCGCCGUCUACCGUUACAUCGAGAGCCGGAACGUGCCGCUGGCCCGCCGCAUCUGGACGAUGAUCUUGAAGGAGUUCCCGACGCUCGUCUUCACCAAGGAGUACACGAAGCUGUCGCGGCCCGAGAUGCAGCGGCUUCUCCUCGAACCACAGCUGAACAUUGCCCCGACAGAGGAGACGAACGUGGUCGACGGCUGGAUCAAGGCCCACGAUGCCGCCGAGGGCCACGCCUUCCGCGACUUCUCGUUGGAAAACAUGCGCCAGCGAGCCGAAGACGCGUCUGAGAGCCUCGUUUUCAUGCCCCGCGUCCCGCGCAGCGUGCUGCUCUCCCUGGGCGGAUGGGCGUCGGCCGGCCCGACGAACAUGAUCGAGACGUGGAACGAGCGGUCGAAACAGUGGAUCCCGGCCCCGGUGCGCUUCUUCGAACGCCACCGCGCCUACCACGCGAUGGAAUGGGACUCCCUGGCGGCAAUGCACGAACACCGGUGCUACGUCAGCGCGGUCAACUACGGCGACGGGCGCGUCUUCGUGGCGGGCGGCUUCAACGGCAGCACUCGACUCCGCAGCGCCGAGGUGUUUGACAUCGAGGCGAACCAGUGGAGCCGCGUCGCGUCGAUGCACCGGGCAAGAUCCGACUCGUCGGUGGCGCGCGUCGGCUCGGAGGGCCGCGUGAUGUGCGUCGGCGGCUUCGACGGGGCCCAGAUCCACGACACCGUCGAGCUGUACGACCCGCAGCAGGAUACUUGGCAAGAACUCCCCCGCCGGAUGAACUCGAUGCGGACAGGCGUCGGCGCCGUGUCGAUCGGUGAGAACGUGGUCGCCGUAAUGGGAGGCUACAACGGCACGAACCGGCUGCGCACCUUCGAAUUCUAUGAUGCGCGCGAGGGGCUGUGGCACCGCGGGCCCGACAUGAACACGACGAGAUCAAACUUUGCCGUUCAAGAAUUCGGUGACCGUGUUGAUGAGCCGGGCCUCGUCGUCUGCGGCGGAUUCGACGGGAACCGCACGACCAACAAGUGCGAGCGCUACGACUUUGCAGCCGGUCGCUGGUCCGAAUUGCCGCCGAUGACCCUCGCCAAGUCGGCCCUGCGCGUUGUGCAGCUUCGGGAUCACCCAUUGAUCGAGACGCUGGUGCAGUACGACGAGCGGAUGUCCAUCUCC